AAACGAAUUAUGCAAUAGUGUAUGUCCGAUAUUUCUGUUAGUCACAUGACAAACCACAAGACAACAUUUGCAUGUGUGUAUGUUUUGGCAUGGCUCUCCUUCUACACUGUUUGUGUGUGUGUGUGUGUGUGUGUGUGGUCUGCAACAGAGGAUGUGGCAGUGAGAGGAAGUGGCCAGAUACACACACUGGCCAGGCAGCCGCGCGGUGUGGAAUGCAAACAGCGGCCGCUGCAUUUGAGUGGCAAAAAUAAAAGGCCGAACUCCAAACUGCUGAGUUGUAGUGCAAACACUCGACCUGAGCGAUCCGUGUGUGUGUGUGUGUGUGUGUGUGUGUGUGUGUGUCGGUGUGGAGUAACACUGCUGGCUGCUUCAUCGGAUUGGCCUGGAUUCAGCUGCAUCAAUUAUAUAAAGGGACUGAUUGAGGCACGUGCAAGAAAAUAUCAGAGAUUUGCCAUUUAAACAUUUACAUUUUAAAGUUUUAAUGCUUGAACCACUGAAAACUAUGUCCAUUAAACAAUUAAAAAUAGUCUACGAAUAUCUCUACACCUUUACACCAAAAAUACCAGGCUAUAGUAUAAAAAAAAUACACAAUGCUCAAAUUAGAAAACCUAUAGUUAUCCUCAUGCCAUGUCAAGUAGCUAGCCGAUUAGAUAACUAGCUAAUAUGAGUCAUGAUAAGCAUUUUUAUAUUUAAUUAAUUUUUUUUAACAGUAGCAAUAGCCAAUUCUGUCAAAAUAUAACAUUACCAUAAGAAGCAAGAUUUAGUUCAUGACUAGCAUUAGCUAUGUUUGCUAGCAUGCUAGUUAACUGCUAGCAAACUACCUUGCAUUUACCAAAGGUCAAUUUAGUUUUAGCAUAUUCUUAGCAAAUUAUUUAGCAGUAGCAAAACGUGCCACAAUAUAACAAGAAAUUUGCUAAUCCAUAACAUUAGAUAAAUAAGCAAUAGCUAGGUUAGCUUGCUGGAUAGUUAACUUGCUAAGUGUCAGUUAUGCAUCAGUAUCCCAUCAUGUCACAGUACAACAACCGCAGUUGUGUUUAUCACUAAUGUUAUAUAAACUAACAUUAUCAAGGUUAGCUACUAGUCUAGUUAACUGCUAGGAAACUAGCUUGUAUUUGUCAUAGGUUGACACAAGUGGAAUUUCAGUUGUUUAGCAUCGUCAUUUGAUUUAUUCAGUGAUUUAUUUAACAUCAGCCAAAAUCUACUGUAACAUCAAAGAUUUCAUCAGACAAAACGUUCAAGCCUUUGAUCAUGUUUUGUGAGAUCACAAACUGAGUGUGUACAUAGCUCCGCCUCCAAACAUACACAUUUUUGAGAUAAUCUCAAUGAAUUUAGCUCUGACAAAAUUAUCUCAAACACCAAUCUAAUCAGAAUAAGCCAUCUCAUUUUUGAGUGCUUUAAUAAACACGUUUAAUGACUGAUUAUCUUUACUCUCUAUUCACUGACAUGAUGAAUACACACCUUCCAUGCACUCUACUAUUGUAGAUUAAAAAAGAAGAACAGAAAAAGAGGAGAUCUGCGGGAUUUUGAGAGCUAAAUCGUCUUCCUGGCAGCGUUCGCUGCCGCUGAAACUCUGCAGCGACUCGAGUCUGACAGUAAUGAGAUCCUGCUUUCUCCCUGAGAGGGAUUAUUAAAUUAUACGCUCGGAUUUCAUGCUAGCAGACAUGCCACGAUUAGCUGAGAAUUUUGCACCACGAGCACUUCGCGUGUUGUGGAAUUGACACUUUAGACGGCUGAACGAGGUCAAAAUACAGACCCUCAUAAACUGAGGAAGUGCACGAAAGAGAGGGGAGUUAUAAACUUCACACGCUGGCUAAACCUCUCUCUGAGUGAAGACUGAUGUUGAUGAAGCAGUGUGAACACUGAUACAGUAAAUACAUUACUCAGUACUCGUACAUGUGCAGGCUGGAGUUCACACCCUCCGAUGAAAGCGUGUCUGGCAGCGAUCAGGCUCGCACCAGGUGCGUUUUAUUGCUUGGUUGAUUUAGGACGGCCGAUCCAACUCUCAGAAACACCUCAUCUUUUCUGACAGGUAGAGCUGGCACAUGAAACACCUCUAAUGGCAGUGGCCGAGCGAGAUGCAGUGAAAGAAUGCAGACCUCGCACUUUUUCCAUCAUUUAUACUCUGUAGGUGAUGACCAGACAUCCUAACAAAGAUCUGCUUCGUCUUUUUGGUUUAGAGGUGUACACAGAACUGUUUUUUAAAUCCCACUCCCGUCUGCUCCCGAGGGAUUUCUCACAAAUCCCACACAAACCGAGUUUGAGUUUGAGUAUUUGAUUAUUAAGAAUCUGAGUAUAAGUGGGUAGUGUAAGUGCAACCUCAUCACUCCAGGGUCCCUUGUAGCCUGAGCUUGGGUUAUUCUAUGUGGAGUUUCAUAUGUUCUCUCCACGUCCGUGUGGGUUUCCUCCAGGCAGAGGAUUGGCAAUGCAAAACUGACUCUAGGUGUGAACAAGUGUGUGAAUGUUGUGUAUGGUGCCCAGUGAUGAACUGGCAUCUCAUCCAGGGUGUAUUUUCACCUCACACCCUCUGUUCCCGGGUUAGGCUCCAGAUCCACCGCCACCCAGACCAGGAUAAAGUGCUUACUGAAGAUGAACGGUGAGCAUUUGAGUAUAAGCUAUCAGAAUAUUGACUAUUUGAGAAUGUUGUCCACUUGAGUAUUUGAGUUUGUGACCAUUUAAAUAUUUGCCCAUUUGAUUAUUUGAGUAUAAGCAAUUCAGGUAUUUGACCAUCUGAUUUUUUAUGUAUAAGCAAUUUGACUAUUUGCAUAUUGACUAUUUGACUAUAAGUAAUUAAAAUUUUGAGAAUUUAAGUGUCUGACUACUUGUCUAUUUGUGAAUAAGCAGUUAGAGUAUUUGAGUAUGUGACCAUUUGAGUACUUGCCCAUCUGACUGUUUGCUUAUAAGCAAUUUGACUAUUUGUAUAUUUGUCCAUUUGACUAUUUGAGUAUAAGCAUUUUGAGUGUUUGUGUUCAGUAUUUCAGUAAAAGCAAUUUGAUCAUUUCAGUAAUUUGGCUCCUGAACUCCACAGAACCAUGGGUGGUUCCACACUUUCAGACCUCACCUGUCCAACUUAAACAUUUUGCGUUGUUUUCCAUGUAGAUCCUGGAUAAGACUUCAGGUUUGGAAAGGAACAUAAUCUAUGUGACUGUGUGACUAAUAAUCGUAUCCCAUGAGCUUUUAUAUAUACAUUUCCCAACUCUACCAAUAGUGAAAUGGCAAAAGUGGCCAAUACUCUCACCCUCAGUUGCAUCCUGAGCCCUGAUACCAGACUUCGCUCCCAUAUUUGUCACGAUCAUGCAGCGGUCCUGCUUUCCUGUUUUUUCUACCGGGAUUGAGCCUGAGGGCGGAGGGAAGUGCCGGAUUGGAACUGGCUGAGCAAGGCUUUAAUCAGCACAGAGGCCAUCACAGACACUCUCUCUGGAGCUCCUCAUGAUCGGGGCCGCCUGGUUCGACCCCACGGGCACCGACAACACUCGCAUGAGAAAAGCUCUGAUACAUGAGGAGCACUGAGGUGCUUCUAAAACACUACCAGGUGCACCAGCAGUGCCGAGAAUGAAAGAAUGAAACACUGUUCCUAAGCUUUAAGGCUGGAGUGAACUGGAACGUUUGAUCUGGAAUUCUGGUGGAAACUUUUCGAGUCCUGCACUGCUGAUUUUUUUGAUGCUUUGCACACUUCACAGAGUUGACUCUCAACAUAUUUUGUGAAUGAUGAAGAGCCAAGAAGCAUCGGGUGGCAUGUAACUUGCAUUGUUGGCAGUAUAAUGACCUAAAUCUAGUAGCAUAACACUGGCUAAGCUUACAAAAGUAUGAUAACUGUAUUUAUAUUUAUCCUGACUCACACAAAUCCUAAUCCCUCCCCUCAUCUUAACCAUUCAUAACUAAAUAAAUUAAUAAAAAUGGUCAUAAGAUCACAAAUUAUCAUAUAAAAUGUUUGAUACUGCAAGAUAAUAAUCAAAAUUUUACCAGUAUCGAUAUUUCCUUUGUGUUUUAAUGUUAUUUAUAAAAGAUUUCAAUAUUGUUCUUAGUUUUAACGUAACUCCAUUCUGGUUAGCUUCACACUCCAACCAAUCAGAGCUUGCCUAGGUACAGAAAGGAUUGUGAUUGGUUCUUGCACAGCAAAGAAUGAAAACAGAGAGGAGGUUGGCCUUACAGUGAAAUAAAACCUAAUUUACUGAAGCUCACUAAUGUUUAAUAUGCGUCUCUUUGUUUUAUUUACUUAUUAUUCCUCAAGUGAAAUUUUGCAAACUAACAUUUAUAAACAAAUUUCCCCUAAUUAUUGUCACAUGAACCAUGAAUGUGACUUUCAUGAGACAAUCAGCAGUAAAUUGUCUCGAAUUGUGCCUGCAGGAAUUUCUUGCUUCAUAAACCUCAAUUGUGUCCUGCAGUGUGUUUGGGAAGCAGACGCUGCUCACGUCUUCAACUGUGAACUCUUCAGCAGCAUGAGAGUUUAGCUUACAGGAAGUCCUGAGGGGAGAGAGAGGGAGAGAGAGAGAGAGAGAGAGAGAGAGAGAGAGAAUACAAAAUGACCUGUACAGACCUAAACACCAACCAAGCUGCAGUCACAUCAUGCCGGAUCUGGAUCCUCUCCCGGGACCACUGGGUGUGAGGCAGGAAUACACCCUGGAUGGGAUGCCAGUCCAUCACAGGGCACACCUGUUUUUAUUUUUCUAAAUUAUCUAAUCUAACUCAUACUUAACUACAAAACAGCAUGUUCCUAUUGACUGAAAGCAGUAACCACUAUAGAUGUAGAAAUCUGUAACUCGUACCAGAGCACACUGAGUCAGUAUCAAGUGUUAGUGAUUAGUAUUGAUGGGAAUUCCAGCUCUUUUCAGUGAGUCAGAUCAUUUGGCUCGGUUUACCAGUCGACUCUUUCGGCUCCUGAAUGACUCAUUCUGUUCUAAAUCAGAUUUUAAAAUAUUGUAAUCGUGGGCAAAUUGAUGAUUUGAGUAAUGACACACUUCAGAUCACACUGUUACAGGAAAACAAUAAACUUUAGGGUAGUAAUAGUAACUCUGCUUCAUCACAAAACCCUGUCGUUGAUUAUUUUACCAUAACAGCACAACACUGAGUGUUUUAUUCCUUACAUAAAUGUGGCUGCCGAGGACAUUCAGCAAUUAUUAGAUCAUUAACAAAAGGAACAUAGAACGGCAUCGCUACCCUGAGCAGGAUGAAGAUUCACACUAAUAAACAGCUCAUGAGUUUUACACCGCAGUGUUUUGACCAAAUUAGACUGAAGGUGUCUGCAAAAACAAUAAAGAAUUGAGCCAGCUCUCAACAUUCACCUAAAGAGCCGGCCCAAAGAGUCGAAUCAAAGAGUCGACCUGUUCAUGAACAACAUGUCACUUGGUCAUAAGGAGAUGACAGCAUGAAACUGUGAACAUAAAAAAGAAUUUCUCACACAGCUAAACAGUUUUAAAGGAAAAGUUUGGCUAAAAAAGCUAUAAUUUUUAAAAUAUAAACAUAUUUUAUGAAAGUGAGUGAAAGUUUAUGUCCAAAUGGUGUUCCUGAGCUAAAUGACAGCUUUUAGGCAGGACUGUGUGUUUGUGUUUGUGUGUGUCUGUGUGUGAGAGAGAGUCAUUUAGGCAUGCAGUUUGCAUGAUGCUAAAAUGGUAGCAAUAAGCUUUCCUGAUUUGUUAGCAAAAUUAGCCUCGUAGCUCCAGUGCAAAACUAAAGAACCUAAACAGGCACUAAACACACGGCAUGGCUGAUGGAGAAGAAUCGUGGAAAAAUGGGAUACUGUGUCCAGAGAUGUUGUUUAAAUAAUGCAUUCUUGAAUUAAAAGGAAUGACGUGACUACCAUUUUAUUUAUAAUAAAUUUAUAAUAACCAAUCAAACGACUCAGCCUUUUGGACGCGGCUGUGCUGAUGUGGUUUGAUAUCAGAGGUUUAGUUGAGAUUAUAUAUGUUGAGGAACAUGGACAAACAGAUGUAUGCAGGAGUUUUUUACGUUGUUGACUGAAACAUUUAUAGCUGUUUGUGGGUGUUUAUGUAAUGCGUUUUAUAUAUAUAUAUAUAUAUAUAUUGGGAUACUCACUAUUCCGGAUUCAACACAGAGGAUUUCAGGGAACUUUGAGCGCAGGUUCAUGUUUGUGUACAAUCCAUACAGACAGAAGUGCAUUAGAGCCACUGUUUAUAACACUGCUGAAAAUAUUUCCUUCUCGGAGUGUGUGUUGCUUCUGACAUUAUCUCUGUUGUUUAUAUUAAUGCACUCGUUCUAAUACAUUAUCGUUUCUAUAGUAACAGCUCAUUCACAUACGGUGGACAUUAAUAAAAAGACCAAAAAAAUCACUGAUAUGGUCAAGUUUUCUGUAAGGAGAUGUCUAUGUGAUUAACAUUUAUGGAAGGAGUCUCCAGUGUCAGCACUUUGUAACAGAGGUAAAGCUGUAACUUUAUGUUUUCCGACAUCUUCAGGACAGAGGAGUUAAAUACUUGAGGUUUCUUGGUAACAUGACAAGCUGUGGGUUUUUUCAUCUUAUUAUUUUGUAUUCAACAACAUUAUACGUAACAAUAAAUGGAUAAAAGAUAAAAGUAUGAUGUAUCAUUCUUUAAUUAAUACAAAUCGUAAUCGCUGGAACUUAAUUCUUUGGGACGUGGCUGUAAUAGGAAAAUAAUCACCUUCGGGGUGGUAAAAGUAACUCUGCUUCAUCACAACACCCCACUGUUGAUUAUUUUCCACUAACGGCACGACACGGAGUGUUUUAUUCCUGAUACUUGAUGUACAAACUUUAUACAGUCAAGCAAUAUGUUGGACUAAACUUUAUAAAAUGGGUUUCUAAUGAUUGUAUGUUUUCAGAGAACUGGUCAAAGUGUAUAAAUUGUCAAGCAAGCAGUAGUUUACUGUGUUCUUCAGUUGACAGAGUACAAAUAGGUGAUAUUUGAAUUUGUCAUAAAACAAACAGCCUAUCAGUUUGCAGUAUUCAAAAAUCAUUUGUUAGGACAGUGCUGUUUUAAGGAAAGGGGGUGUGGCAUGUAGAGUUGGCUGACUUUCCUAAUUUGCAUAUUUAUAGAAUCUAUGGCAUCAUUUCUUUGAAAAAAUGAAGGAAAAGUGCAGAUGUUUCUCUUCUUUUUUUUGUCCAAUUGCAAUAUGUGCAUAUUUUGUUCAUAUUGUCCUAAAAACAACUUUUGGGUGACGUACCAGGACGUUCUUUGCUAAAUGAAGAUUGUUCUCCAGGACAAAUUCUUGUCUUUCAGGUUAAAAACACUCUCAGCUGUGUCCUGUUGAGUUUUAGCUUCUUUACCUUGCAUGUCUUCUGCCUUUGAAUGUUUUUUUUUUUUUUGGAUAGGCCUCUUCCAAAAGAAUAAAUUCAAAUUUAUUGGUUGUAAGUGUAAUUUAAUUGUAUUUAUUGCUGUGAUUCCAUGAGCCUCAGAUAGACCACAUAAAUCUCAGAUCAAUCCUGAGGCUCAUGUUACACACUGCCACCUGCUGCAUGACCCAUGCUACUACAAAACGAAAAAAGCUGUUUUGAGAUCAGUCGUGUGAAUUAUUAUUAAUAGAGCAUAAACACUUUGCCCAGUUUUAUGCGAUGUGACUUGGAGACAUGAUGGCUCCAAACCCAGGUGGCCAUCUUUCAUCUUUCUUGUCUCUGAUCCUCCUUAAAAUGGAAAGUGUUCAAGGCCAGAAAUCAUCCUGUCGUCCUCGGACAACUGUGCCUCUAUAAAAUCGGCCAUGAGGCUAAGCGUGACACGCUCUGCUAAUUUACCCAUUAGUCAUCUUCAGUGUGUAAAUAAUGGCCCAGUCCUUGCCGGCCUCGUUUCAACCCUGAUAUAAAUCAGAGGCCUCCGGUGCGAGCUCAAUGACUCACACGCUGCAGUGAGUCAGUAAACAUCUGCAUUGCUGGGAAGCCUUAUCAACCGCGCUGCAUCUCUGUGGUUUUGGGAGACCCAGAAUCCCCCAGCGUGCUUCUUUUUACACAGAGCUAAUCUCAUCAAACCCAGAGAGUUUCUCAGGGUUUCCCUUACAGCUGUUUAUUUACAGGACACUGUAGCUUUGUCGCACCCGCAUGCCAACUUGGGGCCAUGCUCUCCGUGAUUAUGAGCACACUUUCCAAAGGCAUUGUGUAUUCUUGAUUAACAGUGGGAGAAGGUGGAGGAGAGGUCGAGCUAAGCGAGGACUGUUCGCAAUGUUAUCUGCAGCCACUGAUGCCACAUUUCAAAGCAGAAACUGGAAGAUGGUGGUCUGGGUGCUUGUGUCUCUGCUGCCCCUAGUAGUUGGAGACAGGCCCGUUUUUAGCGAAGACCCCGUGGAUGCAGUGGGUUUAGUUACGACCAUGCUGGAUGAGCAGCCGUUUGACGCUCUACCCGAGGAAGACGAGGAGAUGGGAGAUGGAAACGGCCAUUCUCCAUGGCAUAACGUUUUUGAACCCUCGGUUCUAGUAGAGGAGGAGCGUCCAGCUCGGUGGGAGCGUUCCCCACGUUCCUCAGAUGCCUCUGAUGCUCAGUCCAAGGGCUCACGCAAGAAAAAGAAGAAGAAGAAGAAAGAGAAGGAAAAGGGCGAGGAUGAGGGGCGGGGCCAGAGCAACGGUGACUGCCACCUGGAGAGACGUGAGAUGCGAGUGAGGGACCUGGGGAUGGGUUACGACUCGGACGAGAUUGUGCUCUUUAAAUUCUGCGUGGGUUUGUGCCAGAGUGCACGGGGGAACUAUGACGCAGCGCUGCGGGCUCUGCUGACCAACGGCAGCCUGCCGAAACGAACAGCACGCAAGGUCAGCACCAGACCCUGCUGCCGACCCACGGCGUACAAGUCUGUCUCCUUCAUGGACACGUCCACAACAUGGAGGACCAUCGAGAAUGUCUCGGCCUUGGACUGCAAGUGCGUGGGCUAAGUCAGAGUCAGAGGAGGAGAAAAGCAAUCGAUCCCCCUCGAGAAAGAGAGGCAACAUGGAGCCAGUGGGAUUCCUGAAAUUGGGAUUACAGGAAUAGGAGGCAUUCUGGGAGGAAAGCUGUUCCAGCGGAAGGAGACAGCAAGGCUUCUGUGACAUGCACCAUGUAUGCAUUCAGCCUUUUAUAUUCCCAAAACCAGAGUGAAAAAGCUCAGAUUGAUGCCGGACUCGCCCGAGGUUGGAGCAUGGCAUGGAGAAGUUCUUUGGAAGGUAGACGAUGGAGCCACAAUGGACGCUGAUGGAUUGCUCAAGAACUAGUCAUGAGAAACUUGGCAAGAAACAUUGCAAGACUAUAAUAACAUGGAACGUUCCAUUUGUCCAUUUGUUACUGAAGGACGUCAGAGCUUUGAGUGUGUAUAUCCGCCAAUAACGGAUGAAACCAUUUUAUAUUGUUUGAGCAAAAGCGGAUUGUAAUUUUUGACAUUCAGGUUAACAUAUCACACACUGCCUAAAUUACAAAAGCUAUUAUUAUACAUGAUUUUAUAAACUUAAAAUAUAAACUGAAUUAAACCAUUCGUACACAAAGCUGUGGACUGUUAAGGGAACUGAUGAAAAGGUCCAUAAACGCUUUAAGGAUUACUUUGUUGAAAAAAAAUGUAUGUGAUUUUCCUUCUUAAACUUUCACCCAAUCAAGACAUGCUUGAAGUCCAGCGUUUCUCUGUAUUUACUUUAACACUCAGGCUACGAGGCUAAUGUUUAGUAUCUAGCAAGGAAUGGAAGUCUGUAUCACCAACAAUCUUUAAAUGACAUCGAUAUGCUACAUAAAAUCAUUUCUAAAUUUUAAACUUGUAAGUUGUUUUUUAAGAUUUAAGACUGAAAGUGCAACUAUAUUGCCAUCCAUAUUAGGAGACAGAGUCUAGGAGGAUUAGGAGGAGUCUAGGAGGUGAACUUAUACCUAGGGAACUAGGGAAGACAGUGAUUCUGGUUGUCCAAGAUGGCUGCCUAUGUAAUGGUGAGGUUUUGUUCAUGCUUAUGCAUUCAAUAAGUCACACUAGCUAGUCCGAUAAGCAAUCUGUCUUAAGGAAAAUAUUGUUCUAACUCAAACCUAGACCAACCUAGAAUUUGGUUUGCCUGUUAGCUAAUGUUAAUGAUCCUGUUUGAAAGAAUGCUAAAGGACAUCAGCAAUGAAAACAAAACUUAACUAGCUAGCUAUUUCAUCAAGCUAAUUUACAAAACCUAACUAGCUAGCUAAUUCAUCAAGGUAAUUUACAAAAUUUAACUAGCCAACUAGCUAAUUAAACAAACUAAUUUAAAACUGAACUAGCUAAUUUAGUAAAUUUAAUGUUAAAUCAACGUACAUCUUUAGAUUUAAUGGUGGAUUUUAAGACAACAUCUUACUAAGAAAAAAACAGAAAAAUAGAAAAAGUUUCAUAGAUUUUGAGAUUUUUUUGAGUAAGGACUGAAAAGUAUGUUUUUUUUUCUUAAAAUUUCCUUCACUAAAAUUUAGCUAGUGGUUAGCUACAUUAGCCUCAUAAUUUAGCUAGUGGUUAGCUACAUUAGCCUCAUAGCUGCAGUGCAAACGUCAGACAGCAAACAUGGCUGAUUGACGUCAUUUAGGAAAAGUGGGAAAUUGCUGUAAUGCGCCAGCUUUAAUGUGAUGGCUAACAGGUGAACUGAUACGAAUCCGGUCAGCGAUGUAACACCAGCAGUAGCAUAACACCAGGAUUAGCAUUAAGAUGUCAUCAGGCAAAUCUUUAUUUCUGUCCUUAAUGUUGCUACCGACUGCAAUGCGUUUUGUCGUUGUGCUACAACAUGGAUGCUGUGCAUCUCUUAGCAUUUACUGUAUGCUUCAUAGGUCAAAUAUUUAUUUUUGCAUCUAAGUUAUUUAUUUAUUCAUUCUUGUGUAUAAGGAUGUGUUUUUGACCCUUUAUAUAUUUAUUAACGUGUAUAAUAAUGUUUAUCUGCUUCAUUCCCACCUCAUUCGGCAAGCUCAAUCGGCAAGACUUUGAUUUAAAAAAAAAAAAAAAUGCUAAAACCUUUCAAAAAGAAGCUUUUUUUUAAGAUGUGAAGAAUGUCUAUAAGGAGUUAUAAAACUUUUGAGUUAACUAAUGUGUGUAUCAGCCACACUGACCACUGUUGCUAUUUACUCUCCCUUUAAAGAAAAGCUGCUCUCGAGGAAAUACUCCAAUGUACAACAGUAGUUAUAGUAGACAUUUAAUAGUUUUUACACAGUAUUUGCAUAUUAUUAUUAUUAUUAUUAUUAUUAUU